AUGUCAUCAUUUCUUUCUUUAGUUGCAACUCCAUUGAGUGAUUCGAUAAUCCCUGAUGAAAUCAUAAUAGAGAUCCUCUUAAGGUUGCCCACCAAAUUGUUGUCGAGAUUCAUGUGCGUUUCAAAACCCUGGCAUAAACUAAUCUCUAGCCCUGAUUUCAUCAAGACUCAUCUGAAGUUAAUUUCUAAUGACAAAGAAUACAGCCAUCAUAGAGUUCUACUUACCGGCAUUGGAGGAAAUUUCAAUUUCUGUUCUUUCCCUCCAUUGUUUAAUGAAGAACAAUGCACUGAGCUAUUUCCCAUUAAUUCUCCUAUCCAAAAAUCAUAUUUAUUAUCUAGAGCUGUGGGGUCUGUGGAUGGAUUAAUUUGUCUAUUCAAUCAGCCAAGGGAGAUAAUUAUAUGGAACCCCACCAUUAGCAAGUCAAAGGAAUUACAUAAUUUUAGGAAAGAUAUUCUCUCUUUCGAUGAACGAUAUGGUUUUGGAUAUGAUAAGUCAAAUGACGAGUACAAAGUAGUAUUUGUUGAUUAUUGUAGUUCUACUGAUGAUGAGUUCAGCCCUUCCAAUAUGAGGACUGUGGUCAGCAUUUAUAGUUCAAGGACUGAUUCUUUGAGAACAGUCCAUGACCAGCUUCAGCACAUCUAUCUAGUAAAUGAUUCUGGUAAAUUUGUCAACAAGAAGAUUUAUUGGGUUUCAUCUACGGAAUUUAAUGAUCACAAUGCGCGCAGCAUCAUAUCAUUUGAUGUAGCAGAUGAAACAUGGGAAAGCAUGGAGCUUCCCUUUUCUGGAGAAGACGAUUCUUAUUUCGAACUGGGAGUUAUGGAAAGUAACCUUGCACUGCUUUACACGAGUCAUCUACAUGCUACCACCUCUAAUUUAUGGAUUUUGAAGCACUGUGGAGUUGAUGUAUCUUGGACAAAAUUGUUCAACAUCAAAUAUCCUCGAAAUGCUGGAGGACGUAUGUGUAUACCCCAAAGCACACUCUCGAUAAUACAUUUUUGCCAGUCAAAUAAUGGCGACAUCUUGAUUUUACUUCCACCAGUUAUCAUGAUAUAUGAUGGUUCAACGAGAGAACUAAAGCAUGUUGUUGAUGUUGGGAGAUGCUUUGCUGAAGAAAUCUACCUAGAAAACCUUCUUAAAUCCUUAUCAAUAUCUAACCAGGGACGUCGUAUCCAUGAAACCUCACAAUCACUUUGCUGA